AAAUAUAUAGUUCAUAGUAGCUAUAUUUGUAACUAUGACAUCUUUUAUCAAAUUAUUAAUUCUACAAACAAUUCUAUUAAUUAUUGUUUCUUGUCAAAAUGGUCGUCAAAUGUAUCAUGGUAAUAAUUAUUUACGUUAUCAUGGGAUAAUUCAACCAACUCAACCAAGUCAUGUACGUCGAUGGAUUGUUCUACUUGGACGUAAAGUAGUAUUAAAUUGUUCAGUGAAUUUACCACCAGAGGUGAAUCCAAGUCAAGUACAAUAUAGAUGGGAACAUCCUGAAGGUAAUAUAUUAGGAUACAGUAAACUGUAUGUUAUACCUAAUGUAACGAUGAAUGAUGCUGGUGUUUAUACAUGCCAUAGUUCAGCUUAUGUUGGAUUUGGUGGUGAACAAUGGGUUGAUCAACAUCGUCUUUAUUUGGAAGUUCCCAAUAUAACUAGUUGCCAGUCAAAAUAUAUUAGUUAUAAUGCAUUGGUUCUUUUAUCAACUAUUUUACUGAUUAGUUCAAAUGUAUUUUUUCCAUCCAAUUAA